AGGACAGCCUGGGACUACAUAGUGAAUUCCAGAUCAGCCUGAGCUAUAGUAAGACCCUACUUCGGAAAAAUAAAAUAAAAAGUACUGCAAACUGAGUCAGACCCAGGACAACCGUGCUCUGUGCCUCCUCUUGCCACACAGCCCAUCACUUCCGUCUGAGAACUUGUCCCUGAGCAGUAUGGUGUGGGCAGGGCCUGUUCUGCCUCCAGCCCUGGCAACCUCACCACAUGCUGCUUUGUAGUUUCUGACUCAGUUGCACUGGAGUGUUUGUGGGUGACUGCUCAGUUACCACCUUCACUCCCUGCUAGACCAGGGUUUCUCAGCCCCUCACAGCUGAUGUUGGCAGGGAUUGGUGGUGGGGGUCCAUCUGUGUAUGGUGGGCUGUUGACCAGUGCCCCAGCCUGCCUCUCACACUAGAUGCCACAAUGUCUCUAGACAUCACCGGAAGUCAGAAGGGAAUGGACUGGCCCUGCUGGACCAUGGCAGGAAAGGUGAAAUGGGUCACUGACAUCGAGAAGUCUGUGUUGAUCAAUAACUUUGAGAAGAGAGGGUGGGUCCAAGUGACGGAAAAUGAGGAUUGGAACUUUUACUGGAUGAGUGUGCAAACCAUCCGAAACGUGUUCAGUGUGGAAACUGGGUACCGGCUCUCCGACGACCAAAUAGUCAACCACUUCCCCAACCACUACGAACUGACCCGCAAGGACCUGAUGGUGAAGAACAUCCGGAGAUACAGGAAGGAGCUGGAGAAGGAGGGGAGUCCUCUGGCAGAAAAAGACGAGAAUGGAAAAUACCUCUAUCUGGACUUUGUCCCCGUCACCUACAUGCUGCCUGCGGACUACAACCUGUUCGUGGAGGAGUUCAGGAAGAGCCCGUCCAGCACCUGGAUCAUGAAGCCGUGCGGCAAAGCCCAGGGCAGGGGCAUCUUCCUCAUCAACAAGCUCUCGCAGGUCAAAAAGUGGUCUCGGGACAGCAAGACAUCCUCGUUUAUGACUCAAUCCACAAAAGAAGCGUAUGUGAUCUCCCUCUACAUCAAUAACCCGCUGCUCAUUGGUGGGCGGAAGUUCGACCUGCGCUUGUAUGUCCUGGUGUCCACAUAUCGCCCGCUUCGCUGCUACAUGUAUAAGCUUGGGUUUUGCCGGUUUUGCACAGUGAAGUACACCCCGAGCACCAGUGAGCUAGACAACAUGUUCGUCCACCUCACCAAUGUGGCCAUCCAGAAGCACGGAGAGGACUACAACCACAUCCACGGGGGCAAGUGGACCGUGAGCAACCUGCGGCUCUACCUGGAGAGCACGCGCGGCAGGGAGGUGACCACCAGGCUCUUUGACGAGAUCCACUGGAUCAUCGUGCAGUCCCUCAAGGCUGUGGCGCCCGUGAUGAACAAUGACAAGCACUGCUUUGAGUGCUACGGUUACGACAUCAUCAUCGACGAUAAGCUGAAGCCCUGGCUCAUCGAGGUUAACGCCUCCCCAUCUCUUACCUCCAGCACUGCCAACGAUCGGAUCCUUAAGUACAACCUGAUUAAUGACACACUCAACAUUGCAGUCCCUAACGGCGAGAUUCCAGACUGCAAGUGGAACAAGUCCCCCCCAAAGGAAGUUCUUGGCAAUUAUGAAAUUUUGUAUGACGAGGAGCUGGCCCAAGGCGAUGGGGCCGAACGAGGAGAGCUCAGAAGUCGCCCUGGCCAAACCCCUGGGCCCAGGGGGUCCCGGUCGAGAGACUCAUCAAGAUCUGUCCUCACAACAUGGAAGUGACCAGUGAGCAGCAGACAACAGACCCCAGUCUGGGCCUUCUCAACCCCUCCUCACCCCAGGCCCUGCUAAAGACCUAUUUUGGAGAUUCCUUUUUUCUAGAGCACUUCUUUUCCAAGCCCUGUAAAUGAAUGAAGGCCCUCUGCCCUCUGGAAGGUGGAGGAGUCUGUGUCACCAGGCCUGCCAGGGCCUCACGGAUCACACAGGCAAGGACGGCUGCAGUGCGCGAAGCCACUCCAGUGAUCAUCCCAUCUGUUAAGACAAGUUAAAACAGGAGGAUGCGGCCGUGGGAAGCAGUGCGUGUAGCCUGACAGUGAUGUCGGCUUUGUUCUAGCUUGACUGUAGAGAAAACAGGCAUGUAUCAAGACCCCUGCUGCAGUGCUCCCGGGGACCUGGCUCUGUCACCUCAGUCUCCAGACGAGGCCUGCACAGCACAGCCGACGAGCACAGACAGUCCUGCUGGGUGGCCUCUGUGGUGCCAGCAUCUGGAUUUGUCAGCUCUGUCGGCAGCCAUCAGCAGGGACAGGCCACUCGAUUGUGUUGACACAGAGCGUCCCUGGGCACCAAGGACGUAGAGGCGUACAGGGACACCACCUGACUCUGCCGACGUAGCUCCUGCUGUGCGAGUGGGGUUCUUUUCACAAUCCUUUUUCUGACAGUCACACUGGACACUUGGCUGGUGCAUUAGUUACGGCCGUGAAUUUAUCUUGAAAGCAUGCUGUGCCCGGCUGUGCUAGACUGGGUAGACACCACGGCACCUGAGUGCUUGGCACACAUACGCCCAUAUGUUUAAUGUUUCAUGUUUCACUGCUAACUAAGGACAGUUCCUUGUUUGUUUUGUUUUGUUUUUGUUUUUCAAGGCAGGGUCUCCCUGUAGCCCAAACUGACCUGGAAUUCACUAUUUAGUCUCAAUGUGGCCUCAAACUCAUGGCGAUCCUCCUAGGUCUACCUUCCAAAUGCCAGGAUUAAAGGCAUGUGCUACCACACCCGGCUUGGAAAGUUCCUUUUAAAUAGGUGUGAUGCUGUAUUAGGCGAGAGGUGUCGCACAACUGAAGAAACUGCAGUGUGGGCGAUUCUGCCUUCUGGCCUGGUUAGGAGCCACGCUGUGUACAUUCCUUGCUAGGUAGGUUCAGUGCUGCUGGGAGUCAGUGUAGGGUUUAUUCUCUGGGUCAGACCUUUGCCAUUUACUAGCUAUUAUCUAUGCUGUGCCAUGGGUUCUUUGGACCUUUUUUUUUUUUUGAAGGGGGAAGGGUUUGAGUUAGAAUUUCACCCAGGCUAAUGGUGAUGGAAUUCACUAUAUAGUCUCAGGCUGUCACAGCAGUCCUACUUCUGCCUCCAAAUGCUGGGAUUGAAUUAAAGGCGUGUGACCCCACUCCCCACAACCUUAUUUUUUUCCCCUUGAGAUGUAAAAUGGGGACUAGGGUCCAGCAUGGUGGCACACACGUGUUAAUAGAAGCACUUAGGAGGCCAAGACAGCACCACAGGCUCAUGGCUAGCCUGGACGGUGUCACAAAACUAUGUCCUAAAUGCCUCACCCUGAAAAAUGGGAACUAGUUGUAUUUGCCUCAGAAAUAAUGACUGGGGCUGGAGAGAUGGGUUAGCAGUUAAGGCGUUGUCCUGCAAAGCCAAAGGACUGAGGUUCGAUUUUCCAGUAUCCAUGUAAGCCAGAUGCACAAGAUGGCACAUGCAUCUGGAGUUUGCAGUGG